UUUAUUCGAAGUAUUGGAAAACACUUCAGAUUCGGAAUUGUUGGAAGCUGCAUGGUCACAAGCUCACAACCUCGCGCAAUAAAUUAUAUAUAACGCCAAUAUUUAUUAUGUCAUUAUUAUGUCAUAAUCGACUGUACAGCUGUAUCUGUUUGUUUCGAAUUUGUGCAUCCAUUGGAAGUUUUCAUGGCCUUUAAUCCCAUGAAAAUUCUUUCUUUGCAAAUUUUCAUUUUUAGAGUGAUUUCGCGAAUUUUGAUCCUUGAAUGCUUGAAUCAUCUUUUUAUUCAAAACAUUCAACAACAUGUUCUUUAAAAGUGCACCAUUGCUUGUUUUCUGGUUCUCUCUCUCCCUCUACCAUAGCUAUUCCUGGAGUAAUUUUCGACUACUGCAAUUGAACUACAACUCCUAGGAAAACAAAAUGAUUAUUGAGUAAUUUGAUUCAUGCAUUUCCGAAAACAAAUAACAUGCAAAAACGAGGUAAUGUUUACAACCAUGUCUGAAAACUUGGCCGAAUGAAAAAAGUGUCUAAGCAGUUGCAGUAUGUCUAUUGUUACGUCAAUUUAGGCAUCUUGCUGAUUAGCCAAUGUUACGGAAGUAAACGAAAAAGUCAAUGUUCGGGAAACCGUAACCAUGAUUUUUUUCAAAGCAACCGCUUGAUUUAGAAUUGCUUGUGUGUUCGUAACUGAGCAACAUACGUCAACAGGCUUGUUCGCCGGCUUUGAUUUAGCUAUGCAUUCGUAAGUUUCGAUAUUUCGCUCCUUUCGCAAAACUUUUUUUCGCAAUGAAAUGAAUAUUAUGUCAUAAAAAGUAUUGAAGUAUGUCGCAACGUAAUAAAAAAACGAAAUCUCUGGAUCAUAUUGGAACUGCUUUAGUCCCUCCUGUUGCUUUUGCAGCUGUUCCAAAUACUCCGCCACCAACUCCUCCUACUCCAUCAAGAAGUAUGAAGUUUUGGAAGAAACGGAAGAAGACGCCGAGUCCUUCACCAAUUCUUCCGGUAUUAAUGGGAAUCAACAGGACAGCGAGAGCAGUUGGUUUAAGUUUUGCUGAAUCAUCAAGUGCAAGAAGUUCACCAGAUCGUAGUUCUCAGAUUCCAGAUGUUUCAAUGGACUAUGAGGGAGGAUAUGCUUCAAUUGCCACACGAGGAAGGUCAAGAAGACGAGAUAACGACGGUGGAAGGGACAUGGUAGUUGAAGCUCAAGUUGUUCAAUCCGCAGCACAAGACAGAAUGCAAGGCAGACAUGAAGAUAUUUAUGCACGGAGUCGUAAAGGAAAAUCAUCAGGCGAUGUUGCAGAUACUCAAAAAAAUGAAUCACCCAGAGAUAAGCAGAAGAGAGCUGAUCCUUCUAUUGGCAAAGCUGAUGUUGAACAGCUAGGAUAUGAACUUGAAGAUAAGCAACGUAGACUGGAAGAAAAAAUGCAAAUGCAAAACAAUGAAACGAGAGAAAUGGUUCGAGAAGUCAUGACAAGGCAACAUGAAGACUCAUUGCGCCGAAGUCACAGAAGUUCUGAGAUAUCUUAUGAUCUGGAUGAAUUAGAUGUUGAUAAUCAAGCAUUGAUGGAUGAAAACAACAGAUUAAUCAAGAAAAAUUCGGCACUUGUUGAACAAAACAAAAAUCUGCAUGCAUUGUCAGAAGCUUUAAAACGUGCAGGAAAACAAGGAUCUCCUAGAACUAAAGUUGAAGAAAUCUUGAAUGAAAAUGAUAUUCUACGAGGAACUGUUGAACGACUUAAUACUGAACUACAUAAAUUUCAAGAAAAAUAUGGAGAACUACCUGGCAAACCUAAAUCGAGACGCUCACUUUCUGAUGGGUUGGAACAAAAACCAAAAUGGCUGACUGAAGUUGAAUACUUGAGUCCGCUAUUCAUAAGUUAUGAUGCGCAAUUGCAGGAAAAAGACAGAAUUAUAAAGAAGCUUGGAGGAAGUCAGGGGUCAGAGGAGAAGAAUAAAUGGUACAGGGAUAAUCUGUCAGAACAGAAUAAUUUAAUGACAGAAGAAAUUCAAAUAUUAAUGCAACAGUUGGAAAUGGCAAAACAAAAAUCAUCUGAAGCCAAUAAAAGCAAUGCUCGAGAAGUUGCCAAACUCUCUAAAGCACUCGCUGUAGCAGAGGCAGAAGCUGAAGUUUCAACUGAAAUGGUUGCAAAACUUCAGCAAGAACUCAAUGAUCUCAAGAAAAAUCAUCAAAAGGUUGUCAGUGAAAGUGCAGAAAAAAUUCCUGCAAAAGAACAUGUGACUGCUGUUAAUGAAUUAAAAGAGGAGAUUGAAUCAAUUAAAGAGGCAUCUCAAAAGGAAUUGUCUAAUGCAAUGAAAAAAAUAAAGGGCAUCGAGGAAGAACGAGCUGCAUUAACAUUAGAUAUAACAGAUUCAAAAAUCAAGAAUAAACAACUUGAAGGACAAAUCAAAGCACUGACUCAAGCUUAUGACAAACUUCAAGACAAAUGCACUGAUAUGGGAUCUGAACUAGAAGACUCUGACAAAAGAAAUUCAGAAUGUGAAGCACAUUUAGCAGAAGUUUUAAGACUUGUUGAUAAAACUUCAGCAGAGCGAGAUGCACUUGCAGCUCUUGUUGAAAAAGAACAAAGGAUGACUGAACAAGCAUUGAGAUCACAAAUGCAUGGAAAAUGGGAAAUGGGGAAAAUGGAACAAACUGUAAAGCAAUACAAAAAGCAAGCUUCUAAUCAGAUGAACAAUAUUACGGACAAGAUUAGAGGUUUAGAAGAAAGUCAUCAAGGAAGAUUGCAAGAAUAUCACAGAGAAAUGUCACAUCUAAAAAGAUUGUUACAACAAAAACAAGCAAUGUUGGAUGAUGUUACCCAUGAAAAGAGAUUGAUGGAAAAUGAAUUGGAAAAUGUAUGGCAAGCAGCAACAUCUGAGAAUCGUAGAAUUAUGGAUUCAUUUUACAAAAGUAAAGUUCUGGACUGAAAUGUUCAUCAUAUAUAUUUUUUUACUUUUUAUGCAGUACUUUUUUUUAACAUUACACAUCACUGGGGUUUUCUCACCAUUUUUGAAGUAGCAAAAUUUAUUUCGCGUAUUCGCAAAAUCUAUAUUCAUUCAAAUACUUUUUCAUAUUCCCAAAGUUGCACAUGCUGUAGUCAUGCACUUACUCCUUGCCUGGAAUCGUGAAAUAAAUAAAAUGGCUUGCAAUUAAAUUCAUAAAUCCUCAAUGUUGUGUCGAUUUCCCACAUAGCGAAUAUCCAACCAAUAUAGUGAUAGAUGAUGCUUAUUUGGUUUUAUAAAUUUUCCAACUUCUUGCUGCAGUAUGAGAUUUUAUAUUUUAAUACUGUGAAUAGUUUAAAUAUUUGUAUUUGCACUGACACUUUCGUUUAUAUUAAAUAUUGCUCUAAUUUGUUUUCUAGAAAACAUGCUUUUAUUAU